CUGGUUAAUCAUUUCAUUAUCACAAUAGUAUUUUUUUUUUUUUUAACCAUAACCCCUCUCUCCUUCUCUCUCUCAUCGCCCUCCGACGGAACCUUCCCCUCCCGGCCGCCGUACGCCGCCCCUCCCCACCACCACUUCACUAAUCCCCACAUAAUAGCCUAACCCUUUUUUGUACUCUCUGUUACCUCCAUACAUAUAAAGACACUGGAGGUAUCUCUGUCUCUCUGUACUUUCACUUUAUUAUGUGCGUACCACACUGUCUCUGUUGAUUCUCGCGAGAUCUGGAGCUAAUUCCACGAUCGGAGUAGCUUUUGGAUGUUUGCUCAUGAUUUAUUCACCAUAAAGCUCAAAUCUUUGUUUGGUUAUGCAUUGCGGCUUAAUUUCAACGAGUAAGACUUUGAGCUUGUGAUGGAUUUCCUUCUGAGAGUUGGGCUUUGAAUUUUUUGGAGUUUCGAAUUUCUUCAUGGAACCAAACAGAGAGGAGGCUCUUAGAGCUAAAAUAAAUGCUGAGAAGCUAUUUGCCGAGAAAGACUUCACGGGUGCAAGGAAUUAUGCUUUAAAGGCUCAAAUGCUUUUCCCAGAACUGGAGGGUAUAUCUCAAAUGGUGGCUACAUUUGAAGUGUAUAUUGCUUCUGAGGUUAAGGUUAAUGGAGAAACUGAUUUCUAUUCAAUUCUUGGGUUGGCACCGUCAGCAGGGACUGCUAAGUUGAAAAAGCAGUAUAAGAAGAUGGCUGUGUUGCUCCACCCUGAUAAGAACAAAACUGUGGGAGCUGAUGGGGCAUUCAAGCUCGUGUCAGAUGCAUGGACUCUGUUGUCUGAUAGUUAUAAACGUAGCAAUUAUGAUUUCAAGAGAAAUGGGCAAGUACCCUCUGGGGUUGUCCAGACAAAUUCACCUUCAGUUUCUCAUGGACUAGACACUUUCUGGACAGUGUGCACCUCCUGUCAGGUUCAGUACGAGUAUCUGCGGAAAUACUUGAAUAAGAGACUUUCAUGUAAGAACUGUCGUGGUAUUUUCAUUGCCGUGGAAACUGGAACUGCCCCCAUGAAUGGCUCUUUCCCUUAUUCUCAGUGGUCGUACAUGCCUGAUAAUGGGUAUGGUAGCCAUGCAUACAGUGGGGUUGCUUAUGUCCCAACUACUCCUGUAUAUUAUACAGCAAACGGGGAUGCGGGAUUUCAUUCUGGGCAUGGGUCUGAGUAUGUUUCUAAUGUGUCAUUUCAGUUGAGCUCGUUUCCUGGAGCUUCUGCUGGAGUUGUUGAUCCUCAUAAGCGAAAUACUCAAUCUGCCAGUGGUAUAUAUCAUGGAAAUGGAAACAGUAGUGGAGGAAGAUCUGUCGGGAAGCAUCAGAUAAAUUAUGCUGCAGCUGACGUGGGUUCCAACGUGGUUGUCAGCUAUGAUGAACCUUCAGUCCGUAAGGUUCGCAAGGUGAGAGGACCCUAUAAGAAAAGGAAGCUUGACAUGGGAAGUGCUUCUAGUUAUGAGAAUCAAGAAUUGGCUUCAAAAGCUAAUGCAGAAGUGAGAAUGGUAGACGGGAAUGGAAGUACCAGACUUAACUCUAAGGUAACCAGCCCAGCUGAUAUCCCAACCAGACGUUGCUCUGCUGCCCCUGCAUUUGAUGCAAGGAAGUUAUUGAUGGACAGAGCAAGAACAGAAAUUCGCCAAAAACUGGAAGAAUUGAAGGUGGCUGCAGCUGCUGCGGCUGCAGCUGCUGCGGCUGCAGCUGCUGCCGCUGCUGCUAGUGAGAAAAAUGCGAAGGCAUGUGACGUAAUUGGUAAAAUUGGAGAGAAAUCUAACAGAGAGCUGAAGAAAAGUGGGUUAAUGUCAAUAACAGUCCCAGACUCGGACUUCCACGAUUUUGACAAGGAUAGGUCAGAGGAGUGCUUCAAGCCCAAACAAAUAUGGGCUCUAUACGAUGAAGAAGAUGGUAUGCCAAGAUUGUACUGCCUGAUUCGCGAGGUCAUUUCAGUCAAUCCUUUCAAAAUUCAUAUUAGUUACCUGAACUCAAAAACUGAUAGUGAAUUCGGGUAUGUGAACUGGGUGGAUUCUGGGUUUACCAAAUCGUGUGGGAACUUCAGGGCGGUUAAUUCCGAAGUUGUUGAACAAGUCAAUGUCUUCUCUCAUCAUAUGAGCAGGGAGAAGGUUGGUCGCGGCGGAUGCAUUAGAAUCUACCCUAAAAGUGGGGACAUUUGGGCCGUAUAUCAAAAUUGGACACGGGAUUGGGACAGAACAACCCCAGAUGAGGUGAGGCACCAGUAUGAGAUGGUGGAAGUUCUUGACGAUUACUCUGAAGAGCUUGGAGUCUGUGUCACUCCACUGGUUAAAGUAGAUGAAUUCAAGACGGUUUAUCAGAGGAACAAGAACAAGGAUGUGAUAAGGUGGAUUCCAAGGAGAGAGAUGUUGCGAUUUUCACACCAGGUGCCAUAUAAGUUACUCAAAGGCGAAGGCAUCAACUUGCCUGAAGGGUGCUGGGAUUUGGACCCAGCUGCAACUCCAGAUGAGCUUCUUUCGGCUGCAAGUGAAGUGAAGACUGAAGUCGAGAUGUGCGAAGCAGAAAACUGAAGUAGUGGGGGAAGUUGAAUUUAGAAUUGUUUCUGACAGUCUUUAAGAUUGGAAAUGUACAGAUUUAAACACAGAGUCAACUGUCAAGGGUCAAUUUCUCAUAGAAUUAGCUAUAGAUUGGAGGAUCACAAGCUGAUCACCGCGGCGUAGACCCUGGAUUGUUUUAGAGCUUUCUAUAUUUAUUCAGCCUCUUGAACCUGGAUUCCCAGCUGUAUUGACUGCUUAUUUACUGAAAUUGAUAUUUGGCUUCCUUCUUUA